AUGACAGCGAGGAGAGACGCUUCCCAGCCGCUGUGCAGCUCUCGCCUCCAGGAGAGGAAGGGAGCGGCAGACCGGGCGAAGACUAACCCCGAUUGGUUUUAUCCCUCCCCUCGACAGGAGCCGGAGAAAGGACCAGCGUCCGCGGCGGGGAUCCAUGCCCAUGUGGUGGGUGCUGUCGCCGGCUCCGGCGCUGCGGACGAGUCCUCUGACAGCGAGGCAGAGCAGGAAGGCCCCCAGAAACUCAUCCGGAAAGUGUCCACCUCAGGGCAGAUCAGGAGCAAGACAAGUAUAAAGGAGGGAUUGUUGCUGAAACAGACGAGCUCAUUCCAGAGGUGGAAAAAGCGCUACUUCAAACUGAGAGGCCGAACUCUCUACUACGCCAAAGAUGCCAAGUCUGGCAGUGCCCUGGCACGCUGGCAGGAGCGGGCGCUUCGCAGAGUGUCCAGGAGUCGUGUGUGCUGGCGAGUUCUGUCCGUGUGCUGGACGGGCGCACAGCGCUCCCCCCCACCUCUGGGUGCCAGCGGAUCUGAGGAAGGCCUAGUGAGAAUCCGGUCCCUUAUCUUUGACGAGGUGGACCUAUCCGAUGCCAGCGUUGCAGAGUCCAGCACAAAGAAUGUCAACAACAGCUUCACAGUGAUCACUCCGUUCCGUAGGCUCAUCCUCUGUGCCGAGAACAGGAAAGAGAUGGAGGACUGGAUCAGUUCGCUGAAGUCCGUCCAGUCCAGAGAGCAUUACGAGACGGCACAGUUUAAUGUGGAACAUUUCUCAGGGAUGCACAACUGGUACGCCUGCUCCCAUGCACGGCCCACCUUUUGCAACGUCUGUAAAGAUAGCUUGUCUGGGGUCACGUCCCACGGCCUCUCUUGUGAAGUGUGCAAAUUCAAAGCCCACAAACGCUGCGCUGUCAGAGCCACUAAUAACUGUAAAUGGACGACCCUGGCUUCCAUAGGGAAAGAUAUUAUUGAAGAUGAGGAUGGGAUUGCUAUGCCUCACCAGUGGUUGGAAGGAAACCUGCCUGUCAGUGCCAAGUGUGCCGUGUGUGAUAAGACAUGUGGCAGCGUACUGAGACUGCAGGACUGGCGCUGCCUGUGGUGCAAAGCUAUGGUGCACACAGCCUGUAUGGACCUGUACCCUCGCAAGUGUCCUCUUGGUCAGUGCAAAGUCUCCAUCAUUCCUCCUACAGCGCUCAACAGCAUUGACUCAGACGGCUUCUGGAAGGCCACCUGUCCCCCAUCGUGUGCCAGCCCUCUCCUUGUCUUCGUCAACUCCAAAAGCGGAGACAACCAGGGAGUGAAAUUCCUACGACGCUUCAAGCAGCUCCUCAACCCAGCUCAAGUCUUCGAUCUGGUCAACGGUGGGCCGCACCUUGGUUUGCGCCUUUUUCAGAAAUUCGACAACUUCCGGAUUUUGGUGUGCGGAGGCGAUGGCAGUGUAGGCUGGGUCCUCUCAGAGAUUGACAAGCUCAAUCUACACAAACAGUGCCAGCUGGGGGUGUUGCCCUUGGGUACGGGCAACGAUCUGGCACGGGUGCUGGGCUGGGGCCCGUCAUGUGACGACGACACCCAGCUGCCCCAGAUCCUGGAGAAGCUGGAGAGAGCCAGCACCAAGAUGCUGGACCGCUGGAGCAUCAUGACCUACGAGAUUAAGAUCCCACCCAAACACAGCUGCCCCACCACGCCUGAGGGAGCCGACGACUGCCAGUUUCAUAUUUCAACUUAUGAAGAUUCAGUUGCUGCUCACCUCACAAAGAUCCUCAAUUCUGAGCAGCACUCUGUGGUCAUCUCCUCUGCCAAGAUCUUGUGUGAAACAGUGAAGGAUUUUGUUGCCAAAGUGGGGAAAGCCUAUGAGAAAAGCACAGAGAACGUCGAUGAGUGCGACACUAUGUCUCUCAAAUGUGCCAUCCUGAACGAGAAACUGGACUCCCUCCUCCAGACUCUCAACACAGAGUGCCCGGCUGUACCGCCGCUUCCACACUCUACUCCCCCUAUUGUAGAGGAGGAGCAGGAGGAAGAGGAGGAGGAGGAGGAAGAGGCCAGCGAGGAGAGCCUUACAGAGCUGAAGGAGAAGCUGGAGGAGGAGGAGACGGAGAAGGGAGGAGUUGGUUCCCAACACCAGCUGUUCAAAAGCAGGGAGCAGUUGAUGCUCAGGGCCAACAGUCUGAAGAAAGCUGUGCGGCAGAUUAUAGAACAGGCCGAGAGAGUGGUGGAUGAACAGAACACCCAUACAGAGGAGACGGAGCUGCCAUCUCCCCUGGAGUUCAGGAAGGACAGCGAGGAAGAGAACAGGGACAGUGAGAAGGAUGAGGACACCAAGGAGCUGGAAGCAGUGACAUCUGUAAAGAGUCCCUGUUCGCCUACGGAAAGGAGGGUGAGCCGCAGCACCCAGUCCUAUGGCUCCUUCACCAUCACCCCCUUCACCACCAGCAAGGAGAACCUCCCCGUACUUAACACACGCAUCAUCUGCCCUGGCUUGCGGGCAGGUCUGGCAGCCUCUAUAGCUGGCAGCUCCAUCAUUAGCAAGAUGCUGCUGGCUAACAUCGACCCCUUCGGUGCCACUUCCUUCAUCGACCCCGACCUCGACUCGCUAGAGGGCUACAUGGAAAAGUGUGUGAUGAACAACUACUUCGGCAUUGGCCUUGAUGCCAAGAUCUCCCUGGAGUUCAACAACAAGCGAGAGGAGCAUCCAGAGAAAUGCAGGAGUCGCACCAAGAACAUGAUGUGGUAUGGUGUUUUGGGCACGAAGGAGCUUCUGCAGAGAACCUACAAGAACCUGGAGCAGAAAGUCCAGCUAGAGUGUGAUGGCCAGUACAUCCCCCUGCCCAGCCUUCAGGGGAUUGCCGUGUUAAACAUUCCAAGCUACGCAGGCGGGACCAACUUCUGGGGAGGCACCAAGGAGGACGAUAUCUUCUGCGCCCCAUCAUUUGAUGAUAAGAUCCUGGAAGUCGUGGCUGUGUUUGGAAGCAUGCAGAUGGCUGUGUCCCGGGUCAUUAAACUGCAACACCACCGCAUAGCACAGUGUCGAAGUGUGAAGAUCACUAUCCUGGGUGACGAGGGCGUUCCCAUUCAGGUGGAUGGUGAGGCCUGGAUCCAACCACCUGGAGUCAUCACGAUCCAACACAAGAACAGAGCUCAGAUGCUUACAAGAGAUCGGGCGUUUGAGAACACAUUGAAGUCAUGGGAGGAUAAGUUAAAGUAUGAUAAGCCUCCUUUGCGGCCUCACCUCUACCCACAGCAGUCUGUGGAUCUGGCGACGGAGGAGGAGGCCACCCUGGUGCAGAUGUGCGCACGUGCUGCAGAAGAGCUUAUUACAAGGAUAUGUGAGGCCGCAAAGACUAAUGGGCUCUUGGAGCAGGAGUUGGCUCAUGCUGUCAAUGCCGCAUCUCAUGCCAUCAACAAAACGCACCCGAAAUUCCCAGAGAGUCUGACUAGGAACACAGCUAUAGAGGUGGCCAGCACUGUCAAGGCUCUGUACAAUGAGACUGAGUCUCUUCUCGUGGGCCGAGUCUCUCUGCAACUGGACCCACCGGAGGAGGAGCUGCUGUCCAGUGCUCUGCAGAGUGUUGAGUUAGAACUGGCCAAACUGGGAGAGAUCCCCUGGCUCUACCAUAUACUGCAACCCAACGAUGAGGAGGACCACUCUCUGGGUUACGGCAAGAGGAACAGUCGCAGCGGCAUGUUUCGCAUAGUGCCCAAGUUCAAGAAGGAGAAGGCCGCCAAGAAGACGAGCCCUCAAUCAGUCGAGAGAUGGGGCACAGAGGAGGUGGGCGUCUGGCUGGAACAGCUGAGUCUAGGGGAGUACAGAGACACCUUCAUCCGACACGACAUCCGAGGCUCGGAGCUGCUGCACCUGGAGAGGAGGGACCUGAAGGAUCUGGGGAUAUCGAAAGUGGGUCAUAUGAAGAGAAUUCUCCAGGGAACUAAGGAUCUGGCCAAGGCCUCCAUGGUUGACCUUUAACCCGGAAGCAGAAGCUUCUUGAGAGGGGAAAUAAACAUUCUCCUCACGUCUGUGGAGAAGUUUAAAAGCGCCGUUG